AAAUAGUCGUUUAAUAAUGUUUUUUUUUUCAGGCCGAUGAAGUGUUUAAACCUGUGAACCAUGAAGAAAGUAUGCAUUUCAACGAGAGCCGACUUAGCCUUGGUCUUUCCAGACCAGCCGCUGAAGCUCCUCAGGGUAGUUGGAUACACAAGGGUCAGAGCAGGACCAGUUUAGAAGCUGGCCUUAGCAGAACCAGUUUAGACGCCAGUCAGAGCAGGACCAGUUUAGAGACCGGUCAUAGCAGAACCAGUUUGGAGGCUGGUCAUAGCAGAACCAGUUUGGAGGCUGGUCAUAGCAGAACCAGUUUGGAGGCCGGUCAAAAUAGAGGUCCUAUUGGUUACGAGCCAGGAGUCAAAUUGGUUGCACGUCCAUCUAUUGGAUAUGUAAAUGAAUAUGAGAUGAUGCAUUUACAAUCCCGUGGGAUGAAGGAUUAUGAAGCUCAGAGGUUUUACGAGAAAUCUCGAAUCGCCAAUAUUAAACCUCAUGGUCUGGAGAAGGACUAUGAACCUGUUCAUUUCCGUCAACACCAUCAACCACCCCUACCUAAUCCUCCUCAUUUACAGCCUUCCCUUCACCAUCCUCCUCUUACUCAUUCACAGUCCUCACUACCUCAUCCUCCUCAUUUACAGUCCACCCUUCCUCAUCCUCCUCUUUCUCAUUCACAGUCCACCCUUCCUCAUCCUCCUCUUUCUCAUUCACAGUCCUCCCUCCCUCAUCCCCCUCAUUCACAGUCCUCCCUCCCUCAUCCCCCUCUUUCUCAUUCACAGUCCUCCCUCCCUCAUCCCCCUCAUUCACAGACCACCCUUCCUCAUCCCCCUUAUCAACAAUCUUCUCUUCAUCAUCCUUCUACUUAUCAUUCACAGUCCACCCUCUCUCAUCCCCCUCUUUCUCAUUCACAGUCCUCCCUCCCUCAUCCCCCUCAUUCACAGUCCACCCUCCCUCAGCCCCCCUUACCACCCAUGAAACCACGACUGAGUUCCGUGAGCGAACGAACUGAAAUGCCACCGAAACGGCCACCCCCGCCAUUACCGCCGAAACCUGUACGUGAUUGGGUUGGUCCCCCGCUAUCCGACGGUAUCCCUGUAAUGCAAACUAGGAACGGGAUAUACUUGGGUAUACCCGGUGAUAAGGGUUAUAACGUUAGUUUUGUUUAGAACUCCAAAAUAUUGUAUUCAGCCAAAAUCAAAAUUCUUUGUAAAAAUCGCUCUUAAGUCACCAUAUUGGUGCCUCUUAUAUACAGAAUCUUAAUCAGGGUUUCCUUUGCCAUGUACAUGACCUCCGCCAUUUUACUGCGUGUAUGUACUGUGUAAUUGCCGCCAUCUUGUGAAAAUUAUUUUUAAAUUGUAUUUAAAAUGUAAAGUGUCAUAAUAAUGUUAAGUUACCAAUCAUGCAAUAACUAGAUUAAAAUGACAUUGUUCUAUGUUAAAAAUUAUAUUUUAGUAAAUUUUAAAUCAAU